UAGAAAGCUCAGCAAUAAUGGCGAGAUCACCAGUGGACUGACAAUGCCAUCCUCCCCGAUCUGCCUGCUGCUUCUGCGCCCGUAGAGCGAACGAAAAUGGCGUCCACCGCCGCCCAGCGCGCCUCGCCCGCUCGUUCCACCAUCCGCUUCCUCAGCCUCCGCGGCACCCAAACCCCAAACCUCCCAUUCCGCACACGCGCCGCGGCGCCCACCCGCGCGCGCCUCCGCUGCCACCUCUCCCGCUCCAGUGACUCCACCCCAACCCCGACGCCGACCACCUCCGACCAAGACGCCGAACCCGACCCCGAAGAUUCCCUCCGCGUCGCCUUCGCGUGCGGCGGCGCGGGCGCGGGCGGCCGCGUCUACUCCGCCAUCGCGCUCGCCGACGAGCUACACGCCUCGCUGCCGUCCUCCCGCUCCCUCAUCCUCGGCGCGCCCGCCCCGUCCCUCGAGUCCGCCGCCGCCGCCGCGGCAUCCUACCCGUUCGCGCCCAUCCCGCCGCGCUGCCUCCCGCGCGGGAUCCUCGCCGCGGCGCUGCACCUCCGCCGCUUCCGCCCGCACGUCCUCGUCGCCACGGGGGGCGCUCCCGCGCUGCCGGCCUGCCUGGCCGCGCUCCUCCUCGGCCUCCCCUUCGUGAUCCAGGACCAGGACGCCUCCCCCGCGCCCGCCACCCGCCUCCUUGCCCCCUUCGCCCUCCGCGUCUUCCUCGCCUUCAACGCACCCGUGCGCCUCCUCCCCAAGCGCAAAUGCGCCGUCUACGGGAACCCCGUCCGCAUGUCCAUCCUCAAGUGCCAGGCGUCCAAGGCCGAGGCGUUGGCGCGCUUCUUCCCAAGGGAAGAAGGGUUGUUGGGCGAACAGGACGCGCAGGUCGUGCUCGUGCUUGGAGGAGCGGAGGGGUCGCCAGAGAUCAAUGUCGCGGUGCUUAACGUGUACUACGAGAUGCUCAGGAAGAGGAAGGAUCGGUACAUAAUAUGGCAGACUGGGACGGAGACUUUCUGCGAGAUGGAGAGUCUCGUCAGGGGCCAUCGCCGGCUUUUUCUUACUCCAUUUUUGCAUGAACUGGAAAUGGCAUAUGCUGCUUCUGAUGUUGUAAUUUCUCGAGCUGGUGCAAUGACAUGCACUGAGAUAUUGGUCACCGGGAAACCAUCAAUUCUGAUACCCUUGCCAACAAUUCUGGAUCACCACCAAACCAGAAAUGCAUAUAUCAUGGCUGAUGUCAUGGGAGCAAAGGUCAUCACUGAAGAUGAACUUGAUUCUAGCAGUCUCACAUCUGCAGUUCAUGAAAUUUUUGGUGAUGAGAAAUUGAUGGCAGACAUGUCUCAGAAGGCACUAACUGCAGCCCGACCAAAUGCUUCAGCUGAUAUAAUUCGUCACAUCUGUUCCCUGAUUGGUUCAACCUACCCAACAUAAAACUUAUUUAGACACUACAAUUCAUGGCAUGAAUGCAUUCUGUAUUCUUGUUUGAGCACAGCAUAAAGGCAUCUUGUCUUGAUGUGGAAAAUGAAAAUCUAAUACCUUUCAUAAUUAACUUGAAUGAUAACAGAGUGAUUUGGGCCCAAAAAUAUCGGGAACUAGUGCCUCCAGGUAGCUUUCUAUUGUCUCUGACCUUCUUAAUAUUUUCUUUUGUUCAUGUAAAUGUCUUCAUAAAUGAGUUCUAGAAGCUGCCUCCUGCCAACACUCAAACAGAUUUUGAUCCUCAAUGAACCCACUGUAUACUCCGAUACUUCUGCCGAAUGAAUGAUCAACAUAAGAUCUUUGCAUUUUCCUUGAUGCAAAUUCUUCCACUCCUCUGAAACUGAAGUACUGAACAGCUAUUUCCUCAAGUUACAUUGAAUUAGUUUGAGUUUAAUCAAAUGUGGAAAGAUGGUGUUUUUGAAGUAGAGUGUUGCAUGAGUUAUGCCUGCAGGAAUCUUGAAAUCAUGUAUCACAUUUGUGUUUCCCGAAUUGAUGUUUCAGUAGUGGCAUCGUCCGGAAAACAUACAGCUUACUUGACAAUGUUAUACUCAUUGAUAAAUAAGUAUUCUAUGAUAAUAAACUGAGCUACAAAACAGAGAAGCAAAAUAUUAUGUUUGCUUCUUUCUUUUUGCCUGCGAAUGAGCAUGUUUACUUUAGCAACAUUGUUCAACAAUCAAACAGCUCAACGAGGCACCAAACUCAUGAUGUGAAUUUCGUAUCAUUACAAUGUCCCUAACAUAUCAUCACUGAUCUAUGUUAAGAUGCUUAACAGUGUAUGCAUUUCUGGUUAGAUACAGUUUCUGAGAAUAUUUACAAAAAUACCUGUUUUGCAGCAACACUGAUAUGGUGAAGGUAGAACGUCUCCAUAGCUGGCGUGGACACAGCAUAUGAUGACCAAACUAUACAUCCUUGACACUCACAUAGCCCUGUACCCUUGAUUAGAUGAUUGAUUUAGCUUCUCCAUGAAAACUGCAAACUGCAAUGCUCUUUGAUCUCAUUUUCCAUAAAGUGAUCUCACUAUGUGCAAUCCUUGAUGUGUUCUUAAUGUUUCUCAAGGACUUAGCUUGUGAACUUAUCGAUGUACAUGCUGAGGAAUUAGCAUCUACAAGGACUCGAGUAGAAAUAUCUGGUGAACUAGUGCCAAAGGCUCUACGAAACUGAUACAAUGGUUGUUCACUUUGUUGAUUCUCAUUUCAAUGGCUUCACUUUCAUCUUCC